UGUUUCUCACAAUGAUUGUUAAAUGAUUACAGACCUUCUAAGGCAUGCUUCAUAAACCAUUAUUGAAUCAGUGACCAAUCUUAGUAUUAGGCACAGCACAGAACAGUCUCUAUCAGUAAUUUUCCAUUCUGUGCCAAUUGUUUGAUGGGCAACUCCCUUAUUAUAUUCUCCAAGCUGCCUUUAAGUUUCAGACAUCUCCCACCUUUGGCAUUGCAGAGGGAAGAAGCCAACGGCAGAGUCUUGCUGCAGUCUGGAGUCUCCAAAAGCCAGUCGAUUGUAAUGGGUUGCAAGAUGUGCGAGAAGCCGAAGGUGAACCAUAGGAAGGGUCUGUGGUCGCCGGAGGAGGACCAGAGACUGAGGGACUACAUCCUUGCGCAUGGCCAUGGUUGCUGGAGCUCAGUUCCUGUCAAAGCUGGUUUGCAACGGAAUGGAAAGAGCUGCAGAUUGAGGUGGAUCAAUUACCUGAGGCCGGGACUAAAGCGCAGUGCUUUUACUCAUGAGGAGGAGGCAAUGAUCAUGAAACUUCAUGCAAUCAUGGGCAACAAGUGGUCUCGAAUAGCGAUGCAUCUACCAGGAAGAACAGACAAUGAAGUAAAGAACCAUUGGAACACUCAUGUCAAGAAGAAGGCGAUAAAGAUUGAUGGAUCAGCUUCUCAUGACACCAUGGCAAAAUCUCUAGGCUCAGACGACCAAUCCCUGAGGAUGGAACAGUUCUUGGAUGAGAAUAAUAGCCAAAUCUUACUUUCAGAAACCUCAGCUUCAUUGGAAUCAUUUUCUCCAAUUCCAUGUCAGUCAAUACUGAAUGUUACCAAUCAUGCACAAUCUCAGAGAACCCCUCAACCUCCCCUCCCCAAAGUUCUAUUUGAAGAUUGGCUACCAAUGUUCAGCGACAAUGGUGGGGUGAAUCGCCGACAGGAAUCCACCUCGAAUUCUGAGGCUCUCAGUCCUCAACUUCUGCAGCUUGACAUGAUAUCCACUGAUGACUUCCUUCAUGGAUUUGAAGCUAUAAGCAACUCUGGUGGAUUAAUUCAGCCGCAGUAUGGGCCUGUAGAUCUUGUAUCAUCCAAUGAAACGUACGCCGGAUUCGAGUCGACCCACCACAUGUUUGUCGAUCUUUAAGUGAAGGUCAUACACGUUCAGAAAACUCAAGAAACAUUUCACAUUUGUUUGACAUUGAUGCAGCAAAAGGCAUUGGAACAUGUGGUCAA